AUGGACUCAUUUUACUUCUCCUCACCCCGAGUGUGUUGGAUGCAAGGCGAAAGGUUUGCGCGCAAUCGACGUCAUCCCUGCGGCGCCCUCUUAUCCGCAUUCCACCGCCAACAUAUUUGUCGCAUCCAAGUAGUCCUUCUCAUCCCACAGCAGUCAUUCAUGGCUACCCCAUCUAAGCUCAAAUUCACCUUGUUAGCAUAUCAGAGGCCGAGUAUUUGGAAUUAAAUUGUAUCUCGUCAAUGUGGGUUCAGACAGCUCGGUUUGACAUUAGGCCUCCUUCAUGUAAUUUAUAUUUCAGGCGGCUCCAAUAGACUUCGACUGCGUUGGUAUGCCUGUCUGUAGUAGGUCUUCUGUCGUGACAAUACUGCACCAACUUACUGGAGUUCAAAAAUCCCAUUAUCUCAUCAUUCCGUUGGCAAAUCCCUUUAAGGUAGCUUACGUUUUAUCCUUCCUUUAGCUGCCGGUCUGCGUUUUAAAAAAACAAAUUAGCUUACGGUUUGUCGAUAUUUACUUCUAUUUAGACCAUUACCUGCUUAAAGAUAUUAAUGUUUACACCUCAACGGACAAACUGCUUCGCUAUGCUCCAAUGUUUAACCUAUGUAUUUGCCUUUUCACUGAGAUCUUCGUUACAUACCAUGACUUAUUUUCAAUGCAUUAACAGAACACCUGCAUGCAGGCCAUGCUUCUUCUGCUUUCGUUUUUAUUCGUUCGUGUCACGAUUCAACUUGCCUUGCUUGACUCCGUUCUUGUUUUUGUUUUGGAUUUAUGUAGAUUCCCGCAACUGAAUGUGCAUCGUGCUUCUUGCUGUGAGCCGCGUUAUUUGCACUACCGAACAACGCCUGUGGGCAAUUACCAUUGGUUGUAUAUUCCCCUACAACCCGACCUUCCGCUAAUUGGGCUGGUUUUAUUUAUUUAGCCACCGAAAUAUUUUUACUCGCGAUCGAAGGCUACACCCAUAUAGCUCCUACUUCCAACAUUCCCGCAAGGCAGGCUUCUCUGGUUACCUGUCGCUGACCCCGGCCACAAACCAUACCUUCACUGGUCGGGGUCUUAAAAAACGUCAGACCAAACAACAGGCAGCAAGUUGAGAUUACUGCGGAUAUGGAAAGUUCAGCGGUGGAUAAGUGGUGGGCUUCCGUCAGAAGAAUUAUUAUGAGCAGGGUAUAUUUCUGUUAUUUGCCUCAGUGGCUUGCAUUAAAAAAGGACUCUACAAAGAAUUCAUUCCAUAAGCCUAGUAACUAGCUAGAAGUCAUGAUGGAAUGCAAGAAUGAAUUACAGUAUAAUGCUUAGUCGCUGCAUUCGCAAUCUGCUAGGAAUACGGCUUGGUUGUGACUCGUCUUUUUGUCGUUUGCCAUAAAAAUAAUCUGAGAAGGGCUUUUUCAAGAUCGUCGAAGGGACUUCUAUGGAGUAGCUAAAUGCGUUAUUCUCUUUCUCGAAUGUAGGUGUAAGGACAGUUGCGCUGACUUCAUUCCGAAUGAUCCCACUUCCCUCUGCGUUUUUAAUAAACUUGUGAAGUCCAAAGGACCGGAAUGUGGAUACAGGCCAAGUUGGGACGUCGUUGCUGCCAAUUCUGAGCUUCUACAGCACAAUGGCUUCCCUUCCGGAACCGAGGCUCGCAGGUAGCUAUAAAAGCUGAUGAAUGACAAAACUGUGCUCUGGGAGGAGGGCGACGUAGGGACGGUUUAUUAGGGAAAACUGGGAAGGUGCUCAAGAUGAUCUUAUAAUUAUCAUUGACGACGUGAAAUUUUCUUCUUGAUGGGGCGUUUUUAACUCAAAUUUUCUUAUGUAUUUUUUAGUGCUUUGCCCUCUCCUUAUGAUACAGCCUGA